UUUCUUAUACUCUCUCCCUCACAAAAUUCACAUGUCAAAUUCUCAACAUGAAAUCUCUUCUCCUCCAAUCCCUAAUCCUCCUCCUCCUCACCUCCGCCGGAGCUCAGCCGCCGCCGGAAGCCAGCAUUGGCAGCCACUGCAAUGACGCGAGGUCGUCGGCGAUCAUGUUCGGCGCGCUCUUCUCAUUGGUCUUCUUCAUGGGGCUCUUCUCGAUCUACAUCCGCCACAGCAGCGCCGCCCCCUCCGCCGCCCCCUCAAUAGGCGCCCGCCGCCUCGCCGCGGCGGAGCGCGGCCUCGACGCGGCGGUGGUCGGAGCGUUCCCGACGUUCACCUACGCGGAGGUGAAGGAGCACAAGAUCGGGAAGUGCGCGCUCGGGUGCGCCGUGUGCCUCAGCGAAUUCGAGGACGACGAAACGCUGCGUUUGAUCCCGAAAUGCGACCACGUCUUCCACCCUGACUGCGUCGACACAUGGUUCGAGUCGCACGUCACCUGCCCGGUCUGCCGGGCCAAUCUCGACGAGCCGGUUCAGUUAUCUCAACCGGCGCCCAAGGAUGGGACUAGCAUUGCGGACAGGACUAAUUCGAGAACCGGAGAAAUCGCGGUUCAAAUAGGAGAGGAUGGCGCGAACCAGACCCGGUUCUUUGAUUUACCGACCGGGUCCGAUAGGUGGUGGUCGGUCCGAACCGCGAGAGUGGUCGGUUUGGAUAAGUUUAGGUCGCACUCGACCGGUCACUCGCUGGUCCAACCGGUGGAAAAUCUUGACCGGUUCACAUUAAGGCUGCCCAACUCGGUUAGGAAGGAGAUGAUGGACCGGACCGGUUGGACCAGCGCGGCUACUACAUUGAGCGGGGAAUGGAGCGGCCGGUGGAGUUUCUUCUCAAGAGGCGAAAGGGUUGUCGGCGAAAGUGGGAAAGUAGUGGGCCGCCGCUGAGGGUGCCUUCGUACGCGUCUUUGAAGCCGAAGACGGACGACAAAACCGGUUUAAUGUCGGAAAACCGGAGUAAGUCUUCGGUUUAAUAUGCUGACUUUGAGCAGAGUAGAUCGCUAAGCGUGAGCUUAAUAAUGUCAGCCACCAAAUAUUUUUGAAUUCUUUCGUUAAUCUAUUUUGUGUUUGAAUU